GCAUAAAGACAGUUGGGUUUAGUCAUAAUUAUAUAACUAAAAGCAGCUUCUCUGUAAUGGUCUGUAUUCCUUUUCUCUCUUUUUUUUUGGCAAACUGAAGUAAACUGCAUGCAUGACUACAGUAAUAUAAUCUUAUAUGCAGUUUACUAAUUAUGCCUUCCUAUAGCUCAAACAGAAGAGCAUGAUACUAGAAAUGUCAAGGGUCAUGGGUUUGAUUCCCAUACAGGGAAAGCAAGACCUGAUAACAAUAUGUACCUUGAAUGCAAUGAAGUCGAUUUGGAUAAAAUCCAAAAGCAUAAAUGUAACUGGAGUCAAGAUGCUUGAGCAGGAACGUCAUGGAACAGCAGGUCAGCAUUACGAAACAUGCCAGACCUCCAGUUUUGACUUCCCUUUAAAACAGAAAAAGACAGAAAAAUCCCCAGGCAGCAUCUGUCCACUGGUGCGACAUCGUCCCUCCGGCUGACUGCGCUCAUGGCUCUGGACGCAGUGAUCGGGCUCUUUACUGUGAUGACUGCAUGUCAGUGGAGGGCGACACCUGCUGUCUCUCUUUCUGCCCCGGUGAGAGUGACUGUCCUGGAGGGAUCAUGUCUCGUGCUCCCCUGCUCCUUCAGCCCGGUUCUCACCGCAGAGAAGAUGGAAGUUCGGCUCACGAGAACCCCGACUUCCUACUUCAUGGUGCUGAGAACGACGGUCUUCAGCACUCAUCGCGGGGAUGCGAUUCAUCCGGACUUCAGAGAGCGCACGUCCCUCGCGGGGAACAUUAGCUCCGGCGACUGCUCCAUCAAUAUCGGCAGAAUCAGGAAGGAAGACCAGAACACUUAUGAGCUGCAGAUAAGGGAGCAGGGUCGAAGGUCAUGGGCUGUGGGCGCCAAGAUCAACGUCAGCGUCACUGGUACGCCGGAGCCGCCCGAAGUCACUGACCCGGGGCCCGUGAAGGAGGGUCAGCGGGUGGCGUUGAACUGUUCAGUGAAGCUCAGCUGCCCGUCCGAACGCCCCCGUCUGCUGUGGAAGUGGGAGCGAGGCAAUCAGGGCGGCAGCAGCGUUCACGGAGACACAGAGCUGCAGCAUGACACGGGAGAGUUACCGGUGAUGUGGACGUCGCUGUCCUUUACUGUCCCGAAACACACAAACCCCAGAGUGCGAUGUGAGGUGGAGUAUCUGAAGAACAGGAGAUCUUCGUUCACCCGAGAGAUCCUCGUUCACUUUCCUCCCAAAGACGUCUCCAUUCAGGUCCUCACGGUGUCUGUCCGGGUUGGAGGAAAUGCUCUGCUGAGUUGUUCCUGUAAGGCCGACCCACCUGCGUUUGAAUACCAGUGGUCAAUCGUUCAGUCGGGAAACACAGUGAUCCUCCCCAAACGCACUCCCACCAUCCGCAUCUAUAACGUGACCCGAGACACACGUGCUCAGUGCACCGCUACCAACAGACUGGGACGGGCGACGUCUCGCCUCACGGCCCUCAAUGUGCAAUACACUCCCGUGAUUCUGUCCAACUCGUCCUGUGACUGGGACGGGACGCUGCUGUCUUGCUCCUGUGCUGUGGACUCAAACCCUCGUCCCGCUGUCACCUGGAGCGUGAACGGGACUCAUCUGCCAGAGGGUUAUAAUACUUCUUUUUCUUAUUUCAACCACAUACUGGUGGCGACUCUCAGCGGGAUCGCAGACGCUCCUCUGCCGGUGGAAUGUUACGCAAUCAACUUACUGGGAAACGACUCUCAAAUACUGUUUGAGGCUCAUGAUGGUCAUCUGAUAUGGACUCUAAUACCGACAGCAUGUGCUGCGCUUUUCCUUCUGCUGCUGAGUCUUCUUCUAAUAUGUUACUGCUGUUGCUGGACAAACAGACAGAGACGUGUCAUGACCUACAGACCUCCUGCAAUACAUCCAGAGAGUCUCGGCAUCUAUCAGGAGCGCAUGCCGCUCUACAUUAACUGCAGUGAGGUCACACACAUCUACACCAACGGCAGUUACCAGCUCAUCUAUCAGAACAGCACUCCACUUUUUGUACAAAGCAAACAGAUACAUAAGAGACAAAGACGAGGGGCCAGACGACAGCGAGCGCAGCUGGAAAGACCGACCCCCAUCACGACAGACUCUGACACGGCCAUCUAUGUGGAGGUCAUAUGAUCACAACAUUAACAUCUUCAUCAUUGAAUCCUCAUAUAACAGAAAGGAACUUACCUGUGUGUGUUAAUAUAACCAUUUUGAUGAUUUCUACCUGUGCGUUUUCACUGAGAACUGAGUCUGUGCUGAUGUUGUUUCUGUAUCAACUAGCCUCCAGAAAUAAAGAAAUAAAAAAAACAA